GUUUUUUAUUUGAAAAUAAAAAAAUGAAACAAAUCCGUGAAGUGUGAACCAACCCUUAUUCCCCCAAUUCAUUCGUCACUCACUCACAUCCUGGACUGGAGAACUCUGAACUCUGAAGCAAAUGGAACCCUAGCCCUUCUUCGCCGCCGUCGGUCCCAGGUCGUCAGCGCCGCCGCCGUCCCCAGGUCCUCAGCGCCGCCGCUUCUUCCUCUUUCCCGUGUCUAGAACCCAGUUGCUCGGCACGUCCUCUUCAUCUUCGCUGGCUUCUCGGCACGGAACCCAGGUUAGUGGCUUCUCGUAUUCAUCUUCACUGAGGGCUCGGUCUUCUUGGUUUGAAGUUCCGAAAUUGUUGUUCUUCGGUCUUCUUCUUCGGUUUAAUGUGGUUACUUUAUGCUUGUUUUAUAAUGUUUGUUGCUGGAUGAAGUGUGCUUCACUUGGCAUGCCUUGUAUCUGAUGCUGGAAUGGUGGAGCUGCUCCUACAAUUUAGAGGGAAGAUUGCAACUGCAAAAUUACUUAUUUUAAGACCAAUGAACCAGUGAACCAGUGAUUAGAGCGAUUUGAUGACCGGUCCGGUUCUCAGAACCUUGCUCAUAACACAGCCUGUAAAUCCCGCCAAAAAUUGGUUCAAGUUAGCUUCUGGGACUUGUGGGCUCAAGCUAUUGAGCAUAUGGAUAUGGUGUAGAUUAAGUUGGCAUAUAAGCAUUGGAUUUGAGUUGGGAGUAAUUGGAGGCUUGUUGGUGAUCAAGCUUGGUUUGGGGGCUGUUUUAAUUGAGCUUGGAGGGGCUGUAAUUUUGAGUUGUGAGGCUGCCUUGGGUGAACUAAGUGAUUGGCCAAAAUGCAGGUCGAGAGGCUCCUUGCUAGGCGUCUGGAUCUUGAAGCGAAGUAGUUCCUGGAUGUAUUUUAGGUUUCUGUUCAUAUUUGUGUAUAUAUAUGUGUGUAGCUUACUCCCCAAGUAACUUGUGUAUGCUGCUCCUCUUAGAGGUUGAGGGAGAGAUAUGAGUUUAUUGUGGUAUUUUGGUAUAUUUUGGGAAUACCUAUGUAUGUUCAUAUAUAUAUAUAUAUAUAUAUAUAUAUAUCCUCCAGCCAGCCUUAACUUCGCAGGCUGAGUCAGGGGCUAGUUAUACUGUUUCCUUGGCUUUCCUUUACAUCUCGGUUUACCUUUAUCUUUUUCCUAUUAGGUUUCUUAGUACGCAAGUAAUCCUAUUCCUUGAGCGUUGCGCUUUUCAUUUUGCGAUUUUUGUUUACCCGUUUGUUUCAAGGCUCCUACUAUACUAUUUCUUUCAUAAAUAUAUGUAUAUUUUUAUUGUUUAGAGGUUUGUAAUACCUUACUAUCUCAGUCUUAUGGCUUAAGCAUAAGAUUUAGUAUAGUAAGGUGUUACACAGCCCGAAUCAAAGAAGUCAAGGAGUCCAACUAAAAAGUCUAAGUGCUCCUAAAACUACAAAUUGAAAGAUGAGUCCAUUACCCAGCCCAAUGCCAAUCAAAACAAAGAAAAGUAACUCUAAGCUGAAAAGCUAUGUUGCUUCAGGUAAUGUCCAAAGAAAAAAGAGGAAUUCAUUUUCUCAUUCUAUCACUAAACAUCUAAGAAAAAAAGUUGCUCUACCUUUCAUUAGGCACCAAAUCAAAAGAAAAAAAGCAAAUGUCUAAUCAAAACACAAUAAAAAAAAAA